AUGCCCCUUGCCCUGGAGCUUCCGGUGCAUAUGCAAGCUGUAGCGCUGGAAGAGAUGGCACUCCUGAAGCUGCUGAAGGACAUGCUGCAUGACCAAACUCAACUGCCUGCCGAUGUCACCCUGGCGACACGCAAUGAACUGAUCGAGAUGGCCCAAAAACACAUGCACCCUGAAGAUCUGCCUUACUUCCUGCGGUGCGCGGACAUGCAACCUACGUUUGAGGAUCACGACGGCAUCAUUGAUUUCCCCCUACCCGUGGGCUUGCAACCGUGCACGGUCGCAGAAGAAUUGGCGGAGCAACAUCUACAGGAGGGCUCAGGCUCUCUGUGGAAUGCUGCACGUAUGGUGGCCAGAACACUACAGUUCGAGAAUGACCCCAGGGAUAUUGCAAAUGGCUGCACCUUUCGUCUCGGGCUCUUCUGCAAGGGCGGCAUAACAGGACUUGCUAAGUCCUCAACACAUCAUGUGGCCGCCAGUCGCCUGUUCAAUCAGGUGGUUCGAGAGGUCGCUCCGGAUCACACGUGGACCUCCCUCAGCAUCAGCGUCGACAAUGGUACGACACCACAUGUCGACAGCAACAACACGUCGGAGACCAGUCUGCUAGUGGGACUUACUCACCACUCGGCCGGACAUCUCUGGAUCCAGGACAACUCCGGCGACACGUGGAUGGAGGCCUCAGGAGUCAAGUAUCUGGGUACCACUUAUGCCACAGCGCGCCGAGCAGUCCUCUUCAACAGCAGGCUUUGUUUGCAUGGUACCCUUCCAUGGCAAGGCACUCGCUGUGUUUUGCUUGCCUACACGGUCGGCUCGCGUGCGGGCGUCCGUGAUGAUCAUGCCCGCCACCUGGAAGAAGCUGGAUAUCAGCUACCAUCAGGAUGGGGCAAGCGAGGGCAUGAUGUGCAUACGACAGUGCAAAGGCGCCUGGAACACUACUUCAACGAUACUCCAAGCAGAGCUGAUGCCGCUGAAUGCUGGGAGAUCUAA